CACCUUGCUGUCUUCCUGUUCCAGCCCAUCCUGAGCCCCUCCAUCUUGGACCACCUCAUCAACAACGACCGCAAGCUGCCUCCAGAGUACAGCCUGCCCCACACCUACGUGGAGAUGCAGUCACUCCAGAUCGCUGCCUUCCUCUUCACUGUCUGCCACGUGGUGAUUGUCGUCCAGGACUGGUUCACGGACCUCAGUCUGUACAGGUUCCUCCAGACAGCAGAGAUGGUGAAGCCCUCCACCCCGUCCCCCAGCCAUGAGUCCAGCAGCUCGUCAGGCUCCGAUGAAGGCACUGAGUACUACCCCCACCUGGUCUUCCUGCAGAACAAAGCUCGCCGGGAGGACUUCUGCCCUCGGAAGCUGCGGCAGAUGCACCUGAUGAUUGACCAGCUCAUGGCCCACUCCCACCUGCGAUACAAGGGUACGCUGUCCAUGUUACAGUGCAACGUCUUCCCUGGGCUCCCACCCGACUUCCUGGACUCCGAGGUCAAUCUGUUCCUGAUGCCCUUCACGGACAGCGAGGCAGAGGGUGAAACCCCCGCAAGAGCAGGACCCACUUCCAGCCCACUCUUCUCCCUGCUCCCUGGGUACCGAGGCCACCCCAGCUUCCAGUCCCUGGUGAGCAAGCUCCGGAGCCAAGUGAUGUCCAUGGCCCGGCCGCAGCUGUCACACACGAUCCUCACCGAGAAGAACUGGUUCCACUACGCCGCCCGGAUCUGGGACGGGGUGAAAAAGUCCUCCGCCCUGGCAGAGUACAGCCGCCUGCUGGCCUGAGGCCAAGGGGAGGAAUGUCUCGCAGAGAACCCCCUUCCGGGCCCCCAGUGGAUGGCGAGGGGCACCCACGUCCUCCCCCCACGGGGCGGAGAGUGGCAGCAGGCCUGAUGGACAAGGGACCGUGACUUCCUCACCCGGAGACACGGGGUGUCCAGGGCCAGUCCCCCAUCCUCAAGGGAGCGUUGUUCAGGGGGUGACUUUGAGAUCCCGCCCCCCAGCCUGGAUGAGGUAGCCCAUCAUCAGCCCCCACAGGGACAGGCUGCGGGAGGAGCCUGAGUGGUCACCAGGAAGCCCAGGCUCUGUGUCGGCCUCCCUCUGCAGGGACAGGAGCAGCAGGCCCCUCUGCCCUGACUCCAGGCCCCUGCCUGGAAGGUGAGGCAGGGUCUGGGAGCUCUUUAUGGGGGCAGAUCUGGUGGCUGGAAUAAAAACAGUCA